AAAUGAAGGGUAUAGUGUCGGUGUGCUGCUUCAUCUCUUUGCUGGUCCUGGCCUCGGCAGAGGAGGAGGAGGAGGAGUUGCCGACCUCCAUUCUGCGAGACAGGUCCCACAUCGAGGAAACGCUGAGGUUGGCUUCGGAGGAGCCCGCAAGUGACUAUGCAGCGGCUCUGCAGAAACUGCGAAAGAUCUACCACACGUCCAUCAAGCCCAUGGAGCAGGCGUACAAGUACAACGAGCUGAGACAGCACGAGAUCUCAGCUUAUCCUGGACGAACCUUGGGGGCUUCAGCGACAGAUGGAGAGAUCACAUCCAAGCCUAUGGUGCUCUUUCUGGGUCCCUGGAGUGUAGGCAAGUCUUCAAUGAUUAACUACCUUCUGGGCCUUCAGGACACCCCCUACCAGCUCUACACGGGUGCUGAGCCCACUACUUCUGAGUUCACAGUCAUCACAUACGGUGAGAAGAUCCGCUCCAUCGAGGGUAUUGUGAUGGCUGCUGACAGCUCGCGCUCCUUCUCACCAUUGGAAAAGUUUGGCCAGAACUUUCUGGAGAAGUUGGUGGGCAUUGAAAUGCCACAUAAGCUUCUAGAGAGGGUCACCUUUGUGGACACACCUGGUAUCAUUGAGAACCGCAAGCAGCAGGAGAGAGGUUAUCCCUUCAAUGAUGUGUGCCAGUGGUUCAUUGACCGUGCAGACCUCAUUUUUGUGGUGUUUGACCCCACCAAGCUGGAUGUGGGCCUGGAAUUGGAGAUGUUGUUCCGACAGCUCAAGGGCCGGGAGUCCCAGAUCCGCAUCAUCCUUAACAAGGCCGAUAGCCUGGCGACGCAAGAUCUCAUGCGUGUCUAUGGAGCACUCUUCUGGAGUUUGGCCCCGCUCAUCAAUGUGACGGAGCCGCCGCGUGUCUAUGUCAGCUCCUUCUGGCCCUACGAGUAUGAGCCAGACACCAGUCGCGACCUCUUCAAACGGGAGGAGAUUUCCCUGCUGGAGGACCUCAACCAGGUGAUCGAGAACCGCCUGGAGAACAAGAUUGCUUUCAUCCGCCAGCACGGCAUCCGCGUGCGCAUCCAUGGGUUGUUGGUAGACCGCUACGUGCAGACAUUCAAGGACAAGAUGAGCUUCUUUAGCGACCCGGAGCUGGUCUUCCAGGAGAUCGUGGAUGACCCUGAUAAGUUCUAUAUCUUCAAAUCCAUUCUGGCCAAGACCAACGUCAGCAAGUUUGACCUGCCGAACCGUGAUGCGUACCGUGAUUUCUUUGGCAUCAACCCCAUAACUAGUUUCAAGCCCCUGUCAGCCCAGUGCUCCUACAUGGGGGGCUGCUUGUUGGACAAGAUCGAGAGGGCUAUCACCGCUGAGCUACCCGGCCUACUCAGCAGCAUCACCUCGGGCAAGAAUCCCUCACUUUCUUCCUGCGAGGCCACUGGCUGUGGGGAGAAGCCUAAGAACCGCUACCGGCGACACUGAGGGGAACACCGGGGAGGAAUGAGGGAGAGGAAAGAGGUGUAGGAUAGCGCAAAGUUGUUGUAAUAGGAGUGAUACUUGUACACAGUGUCCCCUGGUGGCCAAUGUUAUCUACAAAAGUUUAAGAAAGGGCAUGUUUCUUUUUUUUUUUUUUUUUUUGCGCGAGGUUUUUUUGGAUGAGGGUGGUGGUGGGGUUUGGGAAAGAGGGUUCAACAGGAGGGCGUGUAAACAGGUAAAGGUUAUUGAAAGAUGCAAAUUUCUGAGGGUUCAGACUCCCUCCUUUCUCCCCUGCACACCUGCAUAACGCCAAAGAACUGUCUCCGGUCUGGGAAGAAAAAUGUGAACAACAAAAAAAACAUAGUUCAAAUUUUGGGGAAAAAAAAAAAAAGUGUAAAAUGCAUAAAAUAAAAAAUCCAGAAAUUUUUAACAUUCAGUAACAGCUCCCUUGUAUGUGAAUAAAAUGGGGAAAAUUGAAACAAGAGUUUGCUAGUUUUGUUUUAAAGUUUGUAUUUUUUUUUUUUAAACUGUAGAUGUGGUGAAAAUUUAUCAGCAGACCAGCGCUUGAAGCUCAUGAGUUUUAUUUAUUGUUUUUUUUAAUGUCUACAUUUGUCAUUGUUCUUUAAAAAAAAAUCACAAUACAGCUGUGUAUCCUAUUAACCUCAGUUUAGUCGAACCCUUAGUUUUAGUCCUGUGUAAGUAAUAUUGGAACACUGCAUGUCAGGUGAUAUUAAAAACUUAGGUGAUACAUUUUUAUUCCCGUUUUUCAGUUUCUUUGAUCCCUUACAGCAGGAGGUGCGGUGGCGCAGUGG